UUCCUCCUCCUCCUCCUCCUCCUCCGCCUCCUCCGCCUGACGUCAGCCCGCGGCCCCGCUCAGUCGCGGGCGGCCGGCGGCGACGGCGGGCAUGGCUGGGGGGCGACGGGCGGCCGGGCUCGCCCUGGGCUGGGGCUGCUGCCUCCUGCUCUGCUGCGCUGCAGCCGGCCAGCUGGAGGUCUCCAUGCCGGCAGUGGUUGAAGUGGAGACCGGGGGCACGGCCAGGAUGGAGUGCAACUUCUACGUCCCCGGAAAUGGUUCCUACACCUACAUCAACUGGUUCUACAUCGACCGCAACAACUUGGUGAGGCUGUGCCACAUCACGGGCAGCGAGGUCGUGCAGGAGAACACAGACUACAAGGGACGGCUGUCGGUGGGGGAGGACAAGGCCCUCUCCAUCAGCAGGGUGACGGUGCAGGACGCCAGGACCUUCGUGUGCCAGGUUGGGGCGGGUAGCCACGGCGUGGGUGAGAACCGCACCGAGCUCCACGUCUACAAGGUCCCCGAGGCCCCUGAGAUCACGGCCAACCCGGGAGGCAUCUCCGUGCAGAGCAGCGACAUCCCGCAGAUUGCUCAGUGCGUGAGCAGGAACAGCUUCCCGCCCCCCAACAUCACGUGGCACAAGAAUGGGGAGCAGCUGCAGCCGGAGGAAAAGAUGGUGAAGAUCCCGUACACGCUGACCCGCGAGUCGAGCGGGCUGUACACGGUGAGCAGCACCCUCUUCACCCACGUCACCCGGGAGGACCGCAACUCCCUCUACCACUGCACCGUGCACUACUGGCUGCGGGGACAGAGGCGUGACGUGGAGUCGCAGCGAGUCAACGUCACCAUCUUCUACCCCGCGCAGCACGUGAAGCUGCAGGUCAUGCCGUCCUCGGCGCUGGUGAAGGAAGGGGACAACGUGAAGCUGGUCUGCGAGGCCGACGGGAACCCGGCACCUGUCUUCAGCUUCUACAAGAGAGAGCUGGAGGACAGCUGGCAGGACCUGACGUCGCUGGCGGACACCAAUAGUGGGGUGCUGAACCUGCACGAUGUGAAUAAGAGCAGCAGUGGCUUGUACAGGUGCCAGACCCUGGACUUGGAUGAUAUGAGACAGCUGGAGAAGGACGUGGAGCUCGUUGUGAACUACAUUGAAGGGGUCCAUGUGAAGAUGGAGCCAUCCUCACCCCUUCGGGAAGGGGACAGCGUGAGGCUGAGCUGUGACGCCCACAGCCCUGUGGCCCUGGACUACCAGUGGAGGGAUGAGAAGGGCAGGAAAGUUGCAGAAGGGAACCAGCUCCUUCUGAGCAACCUCACCUUCGAAACCUCCAGCAACUUCAGCUGCAAGGUGAUCGCCCCAAGCGUGCCGGGGCUGGAGCAGAGCAAGCAGGUGGCUGUGGCUGUUCAGGGGAAGCCGCGGAUUGUUGCUAUCAGCUCCCCGAUGUAUGUGCGGCAAGACGAGGUGGUGAACCUGACCUGCAAGGCCAUCGCCUUCCCCAGGCCCUCUGUCCAUUGGAAUGUCAACGGGACGGCUCACGAGUACGUUGAAAAUCAGCACAUCGCCAGCAACCUGACAGUGCGUGUGAACCACGACCUGCUGCGGGCAGGAGCCAUGUGCAGGGUCUCCAAUGCGCUGGGUGUCAGCGAGAAGCACAUCCAGCUGCUCGUGGAGUCCGUCAGGAAAGCGGUGGGAAAGCCACAUGCUGGUCCUCAUCGUGUAGCCCAGCGAGACCAUCAGCUGCAGCUUCCUGCGGCCCGGGGCCACUGGGCGAGGAAGCAAAGGGAUGGCCUGGUGCCUUGCAGGAAACCCUAUCAAAAGACACCAGAGAGCAAAGGGGUGAUCAUCGUGGCGAUCAUCGUCUGCAUCCUCGUGGUGGCUGUGCUGGGGUCUGUCAUCUACUUCCUGCACAAGAAAGGCAAGAUCCCGUGUGGCCGCGCUGGGAAACAGGACAUCACAAAGCCAGAGGCACGUAAAGACAAGAUUGUAGUUGAAGUUAAGUCAGAUAAACUUUCCGAAGAGGCGGGGCUCCUGCAGGGCGCCAACGGCGAGAAGAGACCUGCCGCUGACCAGAGCGAGAAAUACAUCGAUGUGAGAAACUAGAGAGGGAAUCUACUAAGUGCUUUCUUCCUUCAAACCUUUCCUGCUCUUGGAUCGCCUCGUCCCACCCCUGCUCCAGUACCUGGGGAGCACGACCAGAGACGAUUAGUGCGUCGCAGUGCUGAGACCCAGUGCGCAGGGGGCACCCCCCGACUCACCCGUCUGUUACCUCAACCGUGGGCUUGCAGGUUGUCGACUUAGCAGCAGCGAAGCUGGACUUGCUUACUACUACAGAGAAGCCAAUAGCAAUAUUAAAAAGAAAUAUGCCGUUAAGCUACCCGGUGGAAGGAUUUGGGCUUUUGUAGGAAAUCUGUCCUGUACUUGUGUGGGAAGGUUUUGAUGCGUUUUUACCCCAAACUUGCUCAGAAAAGCUGGUGAAAUUUUACUUUUACUUCUGGGUUGUCCCAGGCACCUUAGAUGUAGUGGCGUGCAGGUUAGAUGAGCGAAGAACGGAGGUGGUGCGUUAGAGCGGCAUUUGCCACUUGCUGGGGAGGUGUUAGUGCUUUGCUUUUCCUUUGAACUGUUCUUGCCUCUUUGGUUUAGCGCAGCGUGUCGGGGCGGUGCCGCGCGGGUCGGCAGCUCCGUGACGGGUAGCUGUGAUCCUAUGGCAGGCGAGCGCCUGGCAGAGCAAGGGCAGGGGCGCCCGUUUCUCAGGCGCACGCCAAACCGAGGGCUUAGGUUCUCUGGUUCGUGGCGUAGCCUUGCCGACUCGAGGCGGAGGGCUUCCCUCUCCCCGCGCCCCGGGGAAUUGGAUUGCUUUUAGGGGGCUGCACAGCUGCUGGCAGUAGCGGGUCCCAGAGCGCCCCCCAAAUUUGAAACUAAAGAAUAUUAGGCCAGGGCCAGCCAGCGAUGUCUCAGGGUUUGUUUUCUGUUGUGCCGAACACUUACCAGCCCCAGGUAAAGCUGGUUUAUUUCCGUGCUUCGGUGGCACCCCUGGCCCCACAGCCAAGCCGACGCCGCGGCAGCUGGGUGGCGGGGAGGGGAGCCGGGCAGGCAGCCCCCCUUUAACUGCUGCUGCCGUGGCCUGUCCCAGCCUUCUGCCCGAAACGUGGCUCUCCCUCCUGCCUCCUCCUCCAGAGAGCAGCCGCCCGCAGCCCCCCCCUUCCUCUCGGUCACGUCCCCUCAGUGCUACGCUGUCCACGGGCUCACCUGCCCCCAGGCCUUGGGCGAGGGGUGACAGGAGACGCGUCCCCUUGCGCACCCCCAGCAUCCUCUGCCGGCAGCGGGGAGCCGUGCGGCAGCCCGGCGGCCGGCGCCCCGACGAGCGGUGAGCUAUACUCGUGAGCUACAAGUGUUGUCGAAGCAAAAGCUUUGGUUUAUAUAUAUUUUUGUUGGAUUGUGUGUAAAUUUCCAGAAGUUUUGUCUGAUACUUGCAAGGUUUUUUUUAUAUAUGUGAAAAUAAAGUACAAAGUUCAAA